UAUGGACAAACUGUCUCCUGCUUGGAGCUCAAGGACUGAAGGACACCGUAAAGCGCAGCUGAUAAGCGGCUUUAAUCGGCUAAUUUGGCCCCGGUGGCCUUUAGCUGGCUGCAGGUAAACACACACCGGAGCUGAGAGCACCUGCAGCCCGACACACUCACCGAGGUUUGACCGCAGAGACGCUCCGGCGGGUGGCCACCCUGCAGCCUGAGGUUCUUACACAGGAGACAUGAAAUUCAUCCCCAACUUUCUGAUGAUCUGAGGAUUUUAUUGCGCGUUUGAUUACCUCAUCUCCACGACGCGUAAUGCCCUUCCUCAAGGGGUCAAACGGAACAUCAUCAGGACAUUUGUAAAACACUAUGAGUUAACUGUGUUGGUGCGUUUUUUAUUUUGUGAUUAAACCCAAACUCCACUUGUUUCCAUCGUGUUUACGCGGAGGUUUUUGUUUGCGUAAAGUGCGCACCGGGGCGCUCUGGAGCUCCACGGAAGAGUCAGUUAGAGUCUCCGCGAUGAUGAUGAUGAUGAUGAUGAUGAGACCACAGUGCGGGGACCAGAACCCUGCCCGGCCUUCAUGAGAGCCCGCUGGCCGCGCUGCUGUGGCUCGGACCGGGACGGAGCGGAGGAGCCGCGGCGGAGAUGGCGGCCAACCUGAGCGCGGCUGCGGCGGCGGCGGCGGGGGCGGAGGAGGAGGAGGCGGCGGCGGGGGCCGUGCGGGCGUAUAACGUGCCGGCCCUGCUGUUCGGGGUGCUGCUGAUCGUGGUGAUCAUCUGCGGGAACCUGCUGGUGUGUCUGAGCGUGUUCACGGAGAAGGCGCUGAAGACCACCACCAACUACUUCAUCGUCAGCCUGGCGGUGGCGGAUCUGAUGCUCGCGGUGCUCGUGCUGCCGCUCUUUGUCUACUCCGAGUUCCAGGACGGCGUGUGGACCCUCAGCACCACGCUGUGUGACGGCCUGAUGACCAUGGACGUGAUGCUGUGCACCGCCUCCAUCUUCAACCUCUGCGCCAUCAGCGUGGACAGGUUCAUCGCCGUGUUAAUCCCUCUCAACUACAACCGGAAGCACGUGGACAUGCGGCAGGUGGUGCUGCUGUCGGCCACGUGGAUCAUAGCGUUGGCGGUGGCCUCGCCCAUCAUGUUCGGCAUCAACAACGUGCCGGGCCGCGACCCCACCGAGUGCAAACUGGAGAAUGACGACUACGUGCUGUACUCGUCCGUGUGCUCCUUCUUCAUCCCGUGUCCCAUCAUGCUGCUGCUGUACUGCGGCAUGUUCCGCGGGCUGCGGCGCUGGGAGGAGGCGCGCAAAGCCAAGCUGAAGAACAGCAUCCAGGCCUGCCGCAAGCUGCAGGAGGCCGCCGCCUCGCUGCCGCCGCUGGCCUCCCUGCCGCCGCCGCUGCCGCCCAUCAUAGAGAGAGAACUGACGGAUACUCCCGACGAGCCGUCCACCUUCCCGUCCACGGACAAACCCUUCCACUCGUCAGAGUUCAGGGACGGACCCGUGCACACCGUCAGCUUCGCCGACAUCAAGUACAACCCCGACCCUCGCAGGAGGAAGAGGGCGAAGAUCAACAGCCGGGAGAGGAAGGCCAUGAAGGUGCUUCCUGUCGUCGUGGGUGCCUUCCUGUUCUGCUGGACUCCCUUCUUCGUCCUCCACACGAUGCGAGCUCGCUGUCAGGACUGCCACAUCCCCCCGGCCCUGAUGAGCGUGGUGACGUGGCUCGGCUACGUCAACAGCGCCCUCAACCCCGUCAUCUACACCGUCUUCAACACCGAGUUCAGGAACUUUUUCAAAAAGUUCCUCCAUCGCUGCUGCUCCAGGAACGCACAAUGAGGACGCUGCUGUUGCUGCUGCUUCUUCUGCUUCUACAUUUUUUCAGCUGCAAGUGACGCUACCGACCGUUGAUUUAACGUCUGCAGUCCGUGUACGUUGCCAUGUUGUCAUCCCUCUGUGAGGUUUUUAUUUUUUCUACAUGUGACGACAGCAACGUUUGUCUGAGCUUCGUGUUCGCUGUGAGGAACAAACUGUUUCCAGGCGAUCAGCAACACGUCCACAUCACACAACCGACAAGGACCGAUUUUAUAUGUGGAGAU